AGCAAGAAAAGAAGCACACGACUCAGACGCAUGCGCUUUCAAAUUUGCCGGCGGUGCUCUGCUCAGCUGCCAAGGCCAUGAAGUGUUUAUGUUUGGUUUCGAUUUGAAAUCUAACCUUAAAACUCUUUGAAAUCAAGGUGCACAUCUUUGAGAAGGGCGAGUAUCAAUGCAAGUCGCGCAGAUGCAGUCUCCGCAGUAGUGCAUGGAACUGGAUGACUCAGGCCCCAGGACAAUGAGAGGCCGUGGUCGAGGAAGAGCCCGCGGAAGGGGCCGAGGACGUGGUAGGGGCCGGGGAAAGAAGGCCGUCAAGCCCAUCGAAAGCGAUGGGGAAGACGAAUCGCAGAUGGACGUUGAGGACGAACAAACGCCUGUCCUUCAGGCAGAAGUCAAAAAUGAUACUGCAGACGCCGAAGAACCUGUUAAGGAGGAGGACGAAACUCCAAAACCAAGUUCCCCUGUGACAUGCAUUGACCCUGAGGCUGAUAUAUCACAACUGGAGGCACCCACAUUCACCACUAUAAACCGAGGCCCACCGGAGCCAAUGUUAAGACUCAAUUGGGAUCACCGGGUGAACUUGAUGGGCAACAAAGUGCUGAACCCCAUGAUCCACUGUUGCGAUCGGUGUUUGAAGCCUAUAUUGAUAUAUGGCCGAAUGAUACCUUGUAAACAUGUGUUCUGUUUAACUUGCGCUAAGAAAGAGGAAAAACUGUGUCCAAGAUGUAGUGAGAAAGUUAUUCGAGUGGAGCAGACUGGCUUAGGGACGGUGUUCAUGUGUACGCACGGUGGUUCCAGAUACGGAAACAGCGGCUGCAGAAGAACUUAUUUGUCACAACGAGACCUCCAGGCCCACAUCAAUCACAGGCAUGUUCAAAGCUCGGCUGCCGCUAGCGAGUUUGUCAAGGAGGAAAAGGCUUCGCCGCGGCUGGUUAAGGUGGCGCCUCCUGCACCCGACCCACGAGUGCACCAGGACGCUGUCCGAGGAAGCAGUGAUAGGACUCAAGUGGUUAGCUCGUUGCAGCCACCAACAACGCUGCCGCCGCCAGUCGCAUGGACUACCAAUCCGGCCGACGGCGGGGCGGCGUUCGGCCAGCAGCCGGCCGCCGCCAUGUACCAGCGGAUGGUGAGUGCGGCGCCCUACCAGAGCGCGGCGGCCGCCUCACGGACUAACUUGAUCACAGUGCCAAUUCAGGACACUUCAGAACCGCCACCCAACUACCACCCGCAGUCGAUGCCGUACGCAGGCCAGCAGUACGCGCAGGCCCAGUCGCAGUACGCCGCCCAGCAGUACUACCAGUACCCCCAGCAGGUGUACCCCGGCGUGCCGGCCGCCCCUCCCCCGCAGCCCAGGUACGACCCUCCUUACCAGGGCCAGUGGCAGCAUCCGCCGGCAGCCACCAACUCGUUUUAUCGCUGAGGCCAUACGCGACACCCUCAUCUCCCUCGCUCUCGAGAGUGAGCGCACUUUUUGUAACGGCUUCUACCGCAAUCCGCUAUUCAUUUUCAACGGAUUAGCUCCACCGCUAUUUUUGUUGAAUCGAGUAGGAAUCAUCACGGGCGGGUUGAGAGGUCAAGCCGGGUGCUGUUUGUCUGAUCAUUCAAACACAUUUUUAGUUCUUUUCCGCAUCAAUUGCUACAAUGAAAUUGUGCAAGAUGAAGAGAUUACACCUCCUUCUCUGCCAUGUUAUUUUUAUGAAAACAUUAUAUGUGUCAUUUGGUAUUAAACACAAAACUAUGCAUAAUUUUACAACAACUUUGUUCAAGACAGGGAAUAUUUGUUCCAGAAGAAAAUAUUUUGUGCAAAGUCUCAGUUCAAGAAUCGUUUUGAAGCCCUGCUGUUCAUUGAAGGGCUUUUGAACAUGAUUGAUGUACAAAUGAAAGCAAACUGCUCAUGGAUGUUAAAAUUUGAAACACUUCUGCUUCGCUUGACCUCUCACUUUUAUAUACUGCAUUGUUUCUCACUCCGGACAAUAUUUUUACAAAAACUACACUUGACAAACAGAAUCGUAGACACAUGAUUAUUGUGAUUUUAGUUAGAGACACUCUUCCAUUAUUUAUUUCUUUUGAUGAUAAUCAGAUUUGCAUUUUUAUCUCGGUACAUUAUUAAUUACAAUUAUUGCUAACCAACAGCAAUGUUGUUUUUCUUCAAGCAUUAACUUCCUAUGUCUAAAUUCAAUAAAUAACCCUCUUGUUAAGAUGGAA